AUGGAUGUUCUGCUCAUUCUUGCGUUGUUUGCUUUACUGUUUCAACUGUCAAAAGGUGAGGGAGGUACGCUUAGGAUCCUCCCAGCAGAGAAUUACGUGGCUUCCAUUGGAGAUAAUGCAACGUUCACGUGCUUGGUAACCGGUCGUCAAACUGAUAGGGGACCGGGAGUCGAUGUCUUGUGGCAGAAAUCUCGUCAGAUAUUGCAGCGGUGUUCGUUCCAACCACCCGGCGACCAAGAGGAAUUUGAGGAGCACUGCAAACUGAGCAUCGCCCCGGUGAGAAGGACCUCGGCUGGCCUGUACGAGUGCGUACUGUUCUACCUGACAUCGACUACUAAAAACCUGCAGUUGGAUGUAGUCGAACCAAAUACUACGGUAGAGGUUACGGAUCUCCUGACAGGCAAACUCGUCGACAGUGAUUCUGAACCAAUCUGUGUCCGUCGGUCUGGUUCAGCUGUACGUGGCUUCGAGUGCACAGUUCGGGACGCCGAACCCAACGCCUGGAACAUCGCGUGGUUGGUCGGGGGAGAGCGGGUUGUAACGGGUUUCGUUGAGACCGGAGUAGGUAGACUGGUAAAAGUGAGCAGCACCUUCAAUUUGUCACAGUUGCAAACCGAGUUUCCGAAGAACCUCACUUGUCAGGCUACGGGUCUCGAUAGACUUAUCAGCAUUACAGUUGCGUUGAGGUCUUGUCAUGGCAUUCAUCUGAAACCUUUCCUGGACCUUUGGGAUCUAUCAACUGGACGUCUAGUUGGACUGACAUCCACGCCAAUCUGCAUCCAACCUGAUACGGAGCGGCAUUUCCGAUGCCAACUCAGAACAACCAGACCAGAGAUCUGGGAUGUAGCCUGGUUUAUCGAUGGAGAAGAGUCUGGAGCUGGCCUCACCAAUUUUACCAGUAGCGAAGCGGGCGGAUUGGUCAACGUGAGCAGCAGGUUCAUUAUAUCCAAGUGGCGAGACGAUGGUACCGUUAAGAGUCUUACCUGCCGAGCUACAAAUGAAGUAGAAGAGUCACUUAACGUCACAGUGCACUUUGAACCCUGCUCUGACAUGCAUCCAAAACCUUUCUUGGAGCUGUGGGAUCUAUCAACUGGACGACUUGUUGGACUUACAUCCUCGCCAAUCUGCAUCCAGUCUGAUACGGAGCGACAUUUCCAAUGUCAACUCAAAUCAGCCAGACCAGGGAUCUGGGAUGUAGCCUGGCUCAUCGAUGGAACAGAUGUUGGAGCUGGCUUUACCAAUUUCACAAGUGGCACACCUAGUGGAUUGGUCAACAGGAGUAGCAGGUUCGUCAUAUCCAAGUGGCGGAGCGAUGAUACCGUUAAGAGUCUCACGUGCCGAGCUUCAAAUGAAGAAGAAUCACUGAACGUCACAGUGCACCUUGAGACCUGCUCUGACCGAGUAAAGAAUGCUUCAAUGAAUCUUAUGGAUCUCUCGACCGGAAAACUGGUUGGCGUGACGUCUGGACCCAUCUGCCUGAAGAUGGGCACGAAGCGAACCUUUGCAUGUACAAUCCUAGACGUCCGGCCAGACAUUGUGGUGACUUGGAUCAUCGAUGGAAUCAGGAAUGAAAGCAGACGAGUAGAUGUAACUCCGGCAACAGGUGGAUUAGUCAACAUGAACGCAAGUUUCUCCGUCUUCACCUCCUUGGAUGGAAGCCUCAUCAACAGCCUUACCUGCAUGGCUACGGGAUUCAAGACAAAGUCUCUUCUCGUCACCCUGCAGCUCCAGACUUGCCCUGAAAUUGUCUCCAAUACUUCAAUGGAGCUCCUGGAUCUGUCGACUGGAGAGUUCAUCAGCGAUGCUUCGGAGGCCAUCUGCGUGACAUCGGAGACGGGAAAAGCAUUUGGAUGCACCGUGCGACAAGCCACACCCGACUCUUGGAGAAUCGCUUGGGUCAUUGACGGCGUGAGGGAGGAAACCGGAUCCGUGGUUCAGACACCGAGCACAGACGAACUAGUCGACAUCUUUAGCAGGUUCACUGUUUCCAACCCGACCAGUGCAGACGUCGUCAAAAGCCUAACAUGCCAAGCAACGAGCCUAGCGAAAGAAGAACUUGCAGUCACGGUUCAUCUGCGAUCCUGCGCCGGCAAUAAGCCAGCAAUAGGCACGAUCAACAUGACGAUGCUCUUUGCCAUAGUCGGAGUCCUGAGUGGAAUGUUAGUUUUGGCUGUCGCUGCUUUGGUCAUUUCUUCAUCAAGAGCCAAGAGGAAAUACCACGUACCAGUGAGUGCACAGAGUGUGCCGAAUCUUCAAGAAAGCGUCGAGAUGGAGUCAGUGGCCCCAGAUUCAGAAUCUGAUCCCACGGCAGUUAAGGAAGAAGUCACCUACCAGAACACCAUAGCACAACCCAGAAAGAUGACUGAAGAGAUCCCAUCAGACACCGGCCUGCCAUCUUGGGCCGAGGGAUGGGGGAUUCCUUGGAGCGACCUCAUCGUCGAGGAGCGAGUCCUCGGCAGUGGGAACUUUGGUGAGGUGCGAUACGGAACUGUUAGGAAAGAUGAAGACUUGAACAGGGCUGCCAUCAAGAUGCUCAAAGGACAUGUAUCGUCAUGUGACAGAGAUGAUUUCAUGGAUGAGCUGUGGACGAUGACUUUUAUCGGCUACCAUCCUAACAUCGUAGAACUACUCGGUGCUUGUCAACAUCAAGGAGUGCUGUACGUUGCCUUGGAAUACCUUCCUUAUGGUGAUCUGCGCAGCUACCUGCGGACGGCUCGCUCACAGUCAGACUCAGACGAGGAUGCCUUGUCUUCCGAUCAGCUGGUCAAGCUUGCACUCGGUGUUGCCAGGGGAAUGGAGCACCUUGCUAAAGCAGGGGUAAUUCACCGUGAUCUGGCUGCCAGAAACAUCCUGAUCGGGAACGGAUUGGUUGCUAAGGUUUCUGACUUCGGUCUGUCCCGUGGGGAGAAUAUCUACGUCCAGACAUCGAGGCGACGAGUACCACUUCGCUGGUUAUCCAUCGAGUCAGUGAGGCACCAGUUGUACACCACUCAGAGCGAUGUGUGGUCCUUCGGAAUUCUCUUGUGGGAAAUAGCUACUUUCGGUGGCACUCCGUAUCCAACCAUAUCGAACGACUUGCUGGUGGAAACUAUCAAAAGAGGAUAUCGUAUGCCUAAGCCGGACAAUUGUCAUGAGCAAAUCUAUGCCCUAAUGCGCGAUUGCUGGGACGAGGAUCCGAACAACAGACCGACCUUCACUGACCUAGUGUAUAUCUUGAGUGACAUGGCAGACAAUCGGAUCAAACACACUUACAUGGCGGUAAUCCGAAACGAGUACCAGAAUAUGAGCGCCAUCCUGCCGGAACUUGAUGACAACUGAGGGGCGUGGUCA